GACUCGUUGAACAUAAGCAUAAAGACCCUCACCAAUUCGACCAAAUUGUUGACAUAGGGAAGCUGUCAUUGUACCUGCCACUACAUCCUGUUACCUUUUUGUUUAAAGUGUGCUCUCUUACCCGAUAAAGUCCAUAUCGAUUGCCACCAAAGAUGCCAGUCACAGACGAAUCCCUUCUACAUAAACAAGUGAGCGUAGCACCACUUGUCCUACUAUCCGUUGUGGACCACUACAACAGGGUAGCUAAGGACACAAAGAAACGUGUUCUUGGUGUGAUACUUGGAGACAACUCCACUGAUACUAUCCGUGUCUCCAAUUCAUUUGCCAUCCCGUUCGAAGAGGAUGAAAAGAACCCUGAAGUGUGGUUCCUGGACCACAACUACAUCGAGAACAUGUAUGAGAUGUUCAAGAAGAUCAAUGCAAAGGAGAAGCUCAUUGGAUGGUACCACUCCGGCCCAAAGCUGAGAAUGUCAGAUUUGAAGAUAAACGAUCUGUUCAAGAAGUACACUGCAAACCCAACGCUACUCAUUGUUGAUAUGAAAGAAACCGGCGUUGGAAUCCCAACCGAUGCAUAUGUGGCAGUUGUGGCGGUGAAGAAGGAUGGGACUUUGACAGAACCAACCUUCAACCAUAUCCCGUCCACCAUAGAAGCUGAAGAAGCCGAAGAGAUUGGAGUAGAACACUUACUUCGUGACAUCCGUGACCAAGCCGCGGGAUCUUUAUCCAUAAAGAUCACAGACCAGAUCAAAUCGUUGCAGGGACUACAGCAGAAGCUCAGGGAAAUCGUUGGAUACUUGGACAAAGUCUCACUCGGGUAUUUGCCUAUCAACAACGAUAUCCUCGGCAAACUGCAGGACAUCUUCAACCUCCUGCCAAACCUCUCUGGCCUGGACGAAGGCCUGAACGGCGUCAUCAACCCACUCGCCACCUCUUUCACCGUGAAGACCAACGAUGAGCUCAUGAUGACCUACGUCUCCAGUCUCGUUAGAAGUAUCAUUGCAUUCCACGAUUUGAUCGAGAACAAGAUCGCUAACAAGGAGAAAGGUGAUAAUUAACCAAACAAAACAACAAAAGGAACGUCCUAGACCUCA